AUGCAACAUCCCAUAGGCCUGACUUGGGGCAUACUCGCGACAGGCCGGAUCGCAGAGAGUGAGUGCUCUUCUUUUAGUCUCACCACACCCUUCAGCCCCCAUAAUCCAAACCCUAUCGGGCGUCGCAUCCUCCACCUCUCUAGCUACUGCUUGUGCCUUUUUGGUCAGAGUCAUGCUCCGGAAAGUGUGACCCCUUAUGAUUCUUAUUCGGCUCUUUUAUCCUCAUCGUGCGAAGCGAUCUACGUCGCAACGCCGCAUUCUCACCACUAUCAGAACGCAAUGAUGGCUCUAGAAGCCCGGAAGCAUAUUCUGAUUGAGAAGCCAAUCGCGGUCAAUCAAGAGCAAGCGAGAACUAUCUUCGAAACAGCAGCCAAAAAGCAAUUGUUCGUGAUGGAAAGGUUGUGGACAAGAUUUCAACCGGUCGGUAAUGCAUUCCGGCAAGUACUGGGAGAUGUUGGGCCCGUGAGAAGGAUAUGGGCGGACAAUGGCUUGGGAAUGGAUGUCGAGAGUCAGUUUCCGGAGAGCGAUAGAAUGGUGCUGUUGAAUCUGGCGGGGGGCAGCUUGCUUGAUUGGGGCAUUUACUCCCUUAACUGGGUCUUGCAAGCUCUGGGUCAACGGGGAGACUAUACAUCUUGCUCUGCGGCAUCAGUCAUGAUGAAGUAUGCGUGCACGGGGGUUGACGAGUCCAAAACGAUUCUACUAAAGUUCUUGUCCGAAGAAAAACAUGAGAUCCAAGCCAUCAUUGCCUCAUCUCUUCGCUGCGCCACCGACGCCGAUGGGAAUAUACCCUGUCUCCGCGUUCAGGGUGAUAAUGGCGAGACUCAAGUGUUUGGGUGGCCGUGGAGACCAUCAAAGCUACGCAUCAUAGCAAGGCAACAGGGAUUUGGAAACCAGGGGACGGUGGUAAAAGAAAUACUUAACAUCAUACCUAACUCGAUCUAUGGACUAGUUUAUGAGGCGGAUGAGAUGGCGAGAUGUAUCUAUAAGGGAAAAUUGGAGAGUGAGACUAUGAGCUGGAAGGAAUGCUUGGCCACGAUGGGUAUCAUGGACCAGGUCAGGAAAGAGAAUGGGCUGUGGUUCGGAGAUGAGGCAGAGAGUGUGACCUAUCCCUUGGUCUAA